GGGCUGAUGGAAAAAGGGAGAAUAGAAGCGAGCGCGGGAUCCGUAUUGCUGCUGCGAUUUCUUCGGCCAGCAAACGGAGGCGCAGCGCGAACUCCAGGCUAAGUGGUGCGGACACUUCGGCAGUCUGAGCAGACAAUGGGGCUUCAGUCCGAAAACAGCAAAGCCCCGGCAACCGAUGAUAAGCCUCCGCGGUUGAACACCUGUCGCGGCAAGGUCUUCUGUAACAUUAAGGUAUUUGUGUUCUGCCAUGGCCUGAUGCAGCUGUCUCAACUCCUCUACAGUGCUUACUUUAAGAGUAGCUUGACUACCAUCGAGAAGCGCUUUGGUCUCUCCAGUUUGUCCUCUGGCUUUAUCUCCAGUUUACAUGAGAUUGGCAAUGUUAUCCUCAUCAUCUUUGUUAGCUACUUUGGGAGUCGAGUUCAUCGACCUCGGAUCAUUGGCCUGGGAGGCUUGCUGUUGGCACUGGGGGCCUUCCUUUUGACUCUUCCACAUUUCCUUUCUGGUCGAUAUGAAUAUUCUUCAGCACAACUCUAUAACCAAAGCAGCCAGUCCAGAUUAGAGCUCUGUCAAGGGGGAUUUAAGUGUUUGAAUGCCACUGUGAACAUCCAGGCAGAGGCCAGUAUCAUGUGGGGAUUAAUGAUACUUGCCCAACUCUUGGCUGGAAUUGGAACAGUCCCCAUCCAACCUUUUGGAAUUUCCUAUGUGGAUGACUUUGCUGAGCCAAACAAUUCUCCUUUAUACAUAGCAAUCUUAUUUUCCAUCUCAGUGUUUGGUCCAGCUUUUGGCUACCUUCUCGGCUCUGCAGCAUUGAGGAUUUUUGUAGAUUUUGGACGGGUUAACCUGAAGGAUGUAAACUUGACCCCAGGUGACCCACGUUGGAUUGGAGCAUGGUGGUUAGGUCUUCUCGUAGCUGCUGGUUGUUUGCUACUCUGUUCCAUUCCUUAUUUCUUCUUCCCUCGAUAUAUGCUGAAAGGGAAAGAAGCAUCUGAAGCAGAUAUCCUGAAGAAGAUUGAGAAAGCAAAGGAAGAAGAAGAGUCCCUGAUGGUUUUUAUCAAAAAGUUCCCACAAGGCUUCUUAAGACUGCUCCUCAAUCCACUCUUCAUGUUGUUGGUCUUGACGCAAUGCAGCUUCUCCUCUAUUCUUGCUGGUCUCGCUACCUUCCUCAACAAGUACCUGGAAAAACAAUUUGGUGCUACCUCCUCUUAUGCUAAUUUCCUCAUUGGAUCUGUGAAUUUGCCUUCAGCUGCACUAGGGAUGCUCUUUGGAGGGUUCAUCAUGAAACGUUUUGCUUUCUCACUCAAAACCAUUCCACGUUUCACCAUUGUGGUGUUACUUUUCUCCACCCUUUGCUAUCUUCCUCUCUUCUUUAUGGGCUGCUCUUCACAGACCGUGGCUGGAAUUCACCUGUCCAGUACAUCAAGUUCCCCAGAACAGGAUCCAUGUAACCUUCGCUGCUCCUGCUCAAAGUAUCUCUUCCAUCCAGUCUGCGGAGAUGAUGGUGUGGAGUACCUCUCUCCCUGUCACGCUGGCUGUAGUGGUUUCUUCUCUAAUUCUUCAGUCUCUGGAAUUAUCUAUACAAAUUGCUCCUGUAUCUCCACCAAGAAUGGACAAUCUUCAGCAAAGACUGGAUCUUGCCCUGUUAGCUGUGCCCAUCUGUUGUUGCCUGUUAUAUUCGUCAUUUCAUUUUCUGCAUUGAUUGCCUGCCUUUCUCACAACCCUCUCUACAUGAUGGUGUUACGAGUGGUGUCCUAUGAUGAAAAGUCUUUUGCUAUUGGAAUCCAGUUCCUAUUGAUGAGAUUACUGGCCUGGUUGCCAGCUCCUACCCUCUUUGGCAUCCUCAUUGACUCUUCCUGCACAUGGUGGAAGAAAGCCUGCAAUAGUAAGAGUGGAGCCUGCCAUUAUUAUAACAACAGCUUCUUCCGCAGCAGGUACUUAGGCCUCCAGGUUGGCUACAAAAUUAUUGGCAUUCUGCUAUUAUCUUUCAUCAGCUGGAAGUUGACCAGGAACAAGCAGUACAAUGUGCAAGAGAAAGCUGCUGAUCCAGAGUAGCUCCACACUACAACAAGACCUGCUUCAAGCAUCAUUUUGUAUGAUGUUUACAUUUACUUAACGUCGUGGCCUUUGUGCCUUUUGUUUUAUU